AUAAAAUAAUGGGCGAGGGUGAGAGAUGGAUUUGGGAUGGAAAAAAGAGUGAAAAUGGACAUGGAUGGGAUAAAAAAUAUCUGGAAAAUGAGAGUGAAAGAGUGGGAAUGGGAAAUUGAAGUUGGAAUGAUUUAUGGGUGAAGAAAGGAUUUGUAGAGAAGGAGG